CUUGAAGACGGGACAAUAAAGCAACCUGUCGCCAGUUCGAAGUGCAUGACAAUUUCAAAGAUUUAUCUUCAAAAGUUUAUAAUCCUUUUCAAUUAAUUUCUUAAGUCGCUGUAUUGAAGAGUCGGUGAUAUUGGAUAAAUAUUUGAAUUUUCAAAUAAAACUAUGUUAACAAUUUGUUAUCAUAAAUCUGGAACGAUUUUACUUGUUGUUGUAAUUUGUUCAUCAUUUGGAAAUGAUAAUUUGAGAGGAAUGAGUAAACAGAAAAUAAAUCCACUGGAAAAAUCAGACGAUCAAGUUUUACUUAACGGCAGUGUAAAGAUAGCAAAAAAUCAGCAUCCAACUUGCAAGAACUCUGAGAUGAUUCACAGCGACGUUAUUUCCAAUGGAGUGUUGCAGUCACAGCCAGACAAUUUAACGUUUCUCGGUCGUGUUAAGAACAUGAAAGAAUGUCUUGGUAUAUGUUGUAGCUACCGAAAAUGUGAAUUAGCCUAUCUGGUCAACAAGACAAAGUGUUUUGCCACGGAAUGCCAAAUUCCCGAAAAUUGUAAAGUAAAAAGAUAUGGUCAGAAAUCCUUACUAUCUAAAGAUAUUCAAAUGUCACUGAUGCUGAAAGAUAACUUAUCAACCAAAGGUUAUGCAGCCGCGUAUAUUGUCAUAUCCAUGGCAAUGCUUGGCGCUACUCUUUCGGGAAGUGUAUGGAUUGUUCAUGCAUUUGUAAGAAAAUACAAGAAAAAUAAAGAGGAGAAGAAUAAACCAGAAAUAUUGUCGAAGGAGCCGCAGGUCUUGUUUUUUGUUAUUUCUAAAGAGCACUAACUUAAGCAAUGAGUUAAAUUGUCAUUUAUUUUAUAGGUUUAUUAGGCAUUCUUAAAACAAAAAUUAGUCUUCAAAAAAAUCAUUUCAAGAAAGUGCCUCAUCGGACUAAAUGAAUUUGAAUACAGAUACUCCUGACACAACGCUCUCCUGCAAGUGCCCAUGUCAGAAAGUGAGACUUGUUAUCAUUAAAAUCCUGUUAAAACGUACAACACGAAAACAACAAUCAACCGAUUUUAAGGAUUAAUAAGGAAACGAAAUUUAAAAAUUUCAAACUUUAUCGAUAUAAAGAAUCGUCGUUUUCCUUAAUUGUUUACUAACUAUAAAUACUGAUAAAACAGAAAAGUUUUCGUUUAGAAGGUCGAAAGAUAUUUAUACAGUUGCUAUUCUUGCAGUUGUGAUAAGUGGCUGUACGAUUAUUCAAAAAGGAAAAGCGCGCCAUACACCAGAAAAAGUGUGUGUUUCGCUUGGUUAAACGUUUUUAUUAUUAAUAAAUAGUAGGCAAAUACGCUUGAAUUUUUCAGGUAGUUACGCCUAAAUUGAUUACAUGAAA